AGUUCCCAACUUCCGUAACUCUCAGCCAUGAACGCUAUCGUUCCUCGUCAAAGAGCCCAAAAAAAAAAAAUUCCACUAUCCGAAUUCAGAACAAAAGAACAGACCAUAACCAUAGUAACUCCUCAUUGUACCAAAAAUUAAAAAUAAAAAAAUAAUUAAAAUAAUAAAAUUCAGCCUUGUCCUCUUGCCUGGUUUGGUCCGUUCCCACCAAUCCAGGUAGGUUGUUUCACACCUGCACGAACAAUCACGCUGAUGAUGGCAUAGAGUUUUAACUUUCAACCAUCGUUUCCAUCACAACAGCACAAAAACAAACCCAAAACCGUUUGUUGUUAACUUCUGGCGUACAGGAAAACGGAAAGGAAAUCCAUUUUGUUCAUUCAUUCACAUCACUCCACACCCCCAUAAUCUUUUCCUGUACGCCCCAUCGUGUUUUUCCAUUCAUUUUCUUCCAUCAUGCAUUCAACCAUUGCGUGUCUUUUGUUGGUGUUCUGUUUCCCUGUUUUCUUAAACGCCGUACCCCCCGACAAAGGUGGCGGCGAUUCCUUGAUGUUGGGGUGUGGAUUAGGCGAAGGUGGCGGUAAAGACAGCGACGGAAGGCAAUGGACCCCCGACAACAAAUACCUCUCAGGGGGCAACUCCGUCACUUCCAAAGCCUCUUUCCAAGACCCUUCGCUUUUUUCCGAGGUUCCGUACAUGACAUCACGCGUUUUUACCUCCGAAGCAACCUACAAGUUCCCCGUUAAACCCGACAAACGCUAUUGGCUUAGGCUCCAUUUCUACCCUGCAGUUUACAACACCUUCGACCCCGCCAAUUCGUAUUUCUCCGUCACAUCAAACGCCGUUACGCUUCUUUCCAAUUUCAGCGCCUCAAUCACAUGCCAAGCCCUCUCACAAGCCUACCUCGACCGAGAGUAUUCCCUCGCGCCUUUGGAUUCGGACACUCUCACCCUUACCUUCAAACCUUCUGAGAAACAGAACGGUGCUUUCGCUUUUGUUAAUGGGAUUCAGCUUAUUGAAAUACCCGAGUUGUUCGAUUCGGCUCCUUUGGUGGGGUACUCUGACCAAACCAUGGAUACAAAAAGUUUGCAUUUUCAGACAAUGUUCAGAUUAAACGUUGGUGGACAAUUUAUAUCUCCGAAACAAGAUUCUGGUCUAAGCAGAAUGUGGUACGAUGAUACACCUUAUUUAUACGGUGCUGCCACUGGUGUUACCAACCAAGCUACCAAGGAUGUCAAGAUUGACUACAAAACCAUGCCACAAAAUAUUGCUCCUCCUAAUGUGUACUCCACUUCAAGAUCCAUGGGGAACAAUAAGGACGUCAACAUGGGUUUCAAUCUCACGUGGAUCUUCCAAGUUGAUCCGGGCUCCAUGUACCUUACAAGGUUGCAUUUUUGUGACUAUUACUAUUCCAAAGUGAAUGAAAUUGUUUUCAAAAUCUUCAUCAACAAUCAAACGGCGGAGGCUGAAGCUGAUGUGAUUGGGUGGACAGGAGGUAAAGGCGUGCCAACUUAUAAAGAUUAUGUGAUAUAUGUGAAAGAUGAGGCAGGUGAUGAUCAACUCUGGCUUGCUUUGCACCCUGCACUUGAAACAAAGCCAGAAUUUUAUGAUUCAUUGCUCAAUGGGGUGGAGGUGUUCAAGCUCAAUGACACCGACUUAUCUGGUCCCAAUCCUCAACCUUCUGAGAUGUUGAUUCAACACGAGGAGCACGCAAAGACUUUCCAAAACAAACAUGGUAGUAAUAAGACUUUUGUUAUUGGCAGUGCUGCUGGGGGUGCUGCAGGUUUUGCCUUAGUGGCUGCAAUACUUGUUGUUGUUCAACACCAAAAGAAAAAGAAAGCUCCAGGAUCAUACAACACAUCAAGCUGGCUACCUAUUUACGGGAAUUCACACACCGCAGGCACCAAAACCUCUGGGUCAGGGAAGAGUGUUGGUAGUGCCAACAUAUCAGCCAUGGCUCAAGGAUUGUGCCGUUAUUUCUCCUUACAAGAGAUGAAACAAGCGACCAAGAAUUUUGAUGAGUCAAAUGUGAUAGGGGUAGGAGGGUUUGGAAAGGUUUACAAGGGUGUUAUUGAUAAUGGGUUCAAAGUGGCAAUCAAAAGAUCGAAUCCGCAAUCAGAACAAGGAGUAAACGAGUUCCAGACUGAGAUUGAGAUGCUGUCCAAGUUGAGACACAAGCAUUUGGUGUCCUUGAUUGGUUUUUGCGAGGAGGAUAAUGAGAUGUGUCUGGUUUAUGACUACAUGGCACAUGGCACCAUGAGGGAGCACCUUUACAAAGGAAACAAGCCAUUGGACACACUAUCUUGGAAGCAAAGGUUGGAGAUCUGCAUAGGAGCUGCAAGAGGCCUUCACUACCUUCACACGGGUGCAAAGUACACCAUCAUUCAUAGAGAUGUCAAAACAACCAACAUUCUCCUUGAUGAAAAUUGGGUUGCCAAGGUUUCAGAUUUUGGACUUUCCAAAACGGGUCCAAACAUGAACCAAGGUCAUGUUAGUACUGUGGUGAAAGGUAGCUUUGGAUACUUGGAUCCUGAAUAUUUCAGGAGGCAACAAUUGACCGAGAAAUCAGAUGUGUACUCAUUUGGGGUUGUUUUAUUUGAGGCGCUUUGUUCAAGGCCUGCUCUCAAUCCUAGCCUUCCAAAGGAACAAGUAAGCCUUGCGGAAUGGGCAUUGUACAACAAAAGAAGAGGAACACUUGAGGACAUCAUUGACCCCAACAUCAAAGGACAGAUCAACCCUGAAAGCUUGAAAAAGUUUGCUGAUGCAGCUGAGAAGUGUGUGUCUGAUCUUGGAUUCGAACGCCCCUCCAUGAAUGAUCUCUUAUGGAAUCUUGAAUUUGCUCUCAAUGUGCAACAAAACCCGAAUGGUACAACUCACGAACCGUGUCUUGAGGAAAGUGAGUUUGAAGAUGUAAACUUGGAAAAAAAUGACAUGGCAGCUCACUACAAAAACCUUAGCCUUGGAAGUGAGCAUGACCUUAGCCACUAGUCCAGUACUGAUAACUCUGCUUCCAUCUUCUAGCAAAUUGCCAAUCCAAAAGGACGAUGAAGAUAAAUCACAAAUGUUCCAAAUGAUCACUUUGCUAUAACAGAGAGCUUCAUGCUUUAAGGAAGUCAGGGAAUUCAAGAUUACAAAACCAGCGUCCACCGUUGCUUUUAGAGUAAACAGGCUUUAUUGCUCUUUCCAUUUAUUGCCUUUUCUUCUUAUUCUUCUCCUUCUUUGUUUUUUUUCCCCCUUGUUAUCACGUUAAAUAGCUUAUUAAGUCUGAUUGUGUAUAGCAUAAUAGCAACCCGUUGUAUAAAAAGGCUGAAAAAUCAAGCUCACCCUGCUUGUUAUGUACAA